AUGUAUGACAAAGUAUUAUUCAUAGAUACGAAAUUAUGGAAUGAACAAAUGGAAGGUAAGCUGGUCAAUAAGCCUCGUGUGGAUGAUUGGAAUCCAUUAGCCAAGUUUUAUUAUGCAGAUGAGGCACUGAACGCAGUAGCCAGCGAACUAGACUCAUUUGAUGGACGUCGUGAUCCAGAGCGUUGUAGUCAAUUAGUCAACAAACUUAGGCAAGCACAGGAUCGUCUGUUGCAUAUAAUUUCGGAAAUGAUACAGCAAGUGUUUCCACGUGAAUCAGAUCGUGCCUGUCGUGAUUACCGCGUGAAAUUCCCAGAAGAAAUCAUACAUGACAAUUUACCUGGGCAACUUUGGUUCGGCGCUGAGUGCCUUACAGCAGGAUCCAACAUAAUUGAUCAUGAAGUUGAAUCAGAAGCCAUAAGACCAAUGGCUCGUGCACUAACUAAACAUUUAGACACUUUGCGCGAUUUGCUGAAAGAUCAGUCUCUUAGAGACCCAACACAUUACAGCGAUAAAGUGAAGAAAAGUUUAAAGCAUUUCGAUCAACUUUUUGCAGAAUUUGAGCUGAAUUACGUAACUGCAAUGGUUCCGGUGAAGAGUGUGAAAGAGUACGAUUGCCAGUUGGAUAUUGCCGUUUUGUUUUCAGAAACAUUAGAUAGGGCUCUUAGGUUAGGUUAUCUAACGCAAGAUCAAAUCGAUGAUUGUGAUCCUGUUGUGAUGAUUGCUGUUCCACGUUUAGCUAUUGUUUGUGGUCUUCUAUAUUUUCCGGAAGGGGCACUUAAUGUAGAUGCGAAUUCUGAAACAUUGUCCGAUAUGUUUCGCUCAUUUCAUAGUCUAUUGGUGAAAAUUCGUGACCUACUGCGUAUUCUGAACUUGCAUGAAUUACAUCGUGUCGAGAAAGCUCUGUGCACCGGCGAAACACAAGUUAAUUUUGAUGAAGACAGUGUCGACGAAGCACUAACCAUAGCAAAUUUUCACUUGAAAACUAUUGGAAAAGGAGCUGAAAGGAUUCUGGAAGCGGAAAAAUUACAGCCAAACGGCUCUUCGAGCUCAAAUUCCUCAGAUGAUGGUGAUUGCGGUGCAGCUAGUGCUUCCAGUGCCGCGUAUCACGCGAAUACUCUUGCACGUAGGAUGCUAUCUCCAGUUUGUUUUAAAGACAAUAAUGAAAGUAGCAGUGCUGAAAGUUCUCGGAAUUUGGAUCUUAUGAUUAUGACUCGUCCUCCAGACCCUUGUCGUUUACGUGCCAGAUUCCGUUCUUCUUCCGAUCUGAUACAUCGCUUAUUUGUCUGCAUAUGUGGCGUUGCUGAUCAAUUGCAGACAAAUUAUCCCACUGACCUGCGACGUGUGCUAAAGAUGAUUUUGCAGCCGAACGAUGUUGUGCCAGUUUUUGAGAUAUCUGGAAAAACAGCGCCAAAUCCAGAAAACGAAGAGGAAAUGGGUUUAGAAGUACAGGAAACACUUCCUUUACCUUCUCUUGUCGGUGUUCGUUGGGUACCAGAUAAUGAUUGUGAACAGUGCACAGCCUGUGGUGCGCAAUUUACAUUAGUCCGACGUCGUCAUCAUUGCCGCAAUUGCGGCAGAAUCUUUUGCUCACGUUGUUCUGCCAAUUCUUUACCGCUUCCCGAAUUGGGUUACGACAGAAAAGUUCGUGUAUGUAACUUGUGCUUUCUAUACAAAAUUAAUCCAUUUUCGCCUUGUACAAGUCAAUCAAACUCAUCACAAAAUCAUUCAAAUAAUGCAUUUAAUAACGCUUUUACUUCUUCAAGUGUGGUGAAUCAAGAUGAUCAUGAAAGAAAUGAAGACGAGUCGCAAAGUAACGAAUCACCCACAGCGACAACAGCAACUACUGCAUAA